CCCUUGACGAUGUCAAUGAGGAAGGUGGACCUCUCUUUCCACCCAAAAACUGAAGCGUUUUAAUUCGUUUUUGAUGAGAUUUUUGCAUGAUCACCAAUCUUAAUUAUGUUAGUUCAGCUCAUGAAGGCCACCUGUAGUACAACCACAGCAAAACCACAGAAUCAUGACACAUCAUUCCCACCCCCAAACAAGGACAACUACCCAAAUCCUCUCCCAGAAUAAGGUUUCUGAGAACUCCAAUCUCUCCGAACAGCGAGCGGCAGCUGUCUCAUCAGCCCAGCCCAGCCCACCUCGGAGUUGGUUCUAUCCCUAUCCCUAAAAUGGCCGCUGUUCGCCUUUUUCUCCUUUCACUUUUUGUUUUCUGUCUCCGGACAAACCCUUCUCAUGCCAUUGGCGAAGAUGUCCAUCUCAUCGAUUUCAAAGAAUCUUUGAAGGAUUCUUCGCCCCUGGAUUCUUCCUGGAUCAAAGGUUCCAAUCCAUGUGAUGCCAAGAAACCAUGGCAGGGUAUAGAUUGUUCGGACACGGGCUCUCAAGCUGUCUCGGCCAUACUACUCAUGAACCGCGGCCUGUCAGGUGCGGGUCCUGAAUUGGAUAUUGACGCAUUGUCUAAGCUGGGCUCCCUCCGGUUUCUCAGCCUGGAGAACAACAGUUUCUCCGGCCCCUUGCCGGAGUUCAAUCAACUUAGUUCUUUGAGGUCUCUCUUUCUGUCAGGGAAUCAGUUUUCCGGGGAGAUACCGCAGGGUUAUUUUGACAAAAUGGGGUCCCUCAAGAAACUCCAUCUUGCCAGGAACAAAUUCACCGGGCCAAUUCCAGGGUCGUUGACGAAACUCAGCAAUCUCAUGGAAAUGUGGUUGCAAGAGAAUGAGUUCUCCGGGCCUGUUCCUUCGUUUGAGCAAAAAUCUCUGCAGUCGAUCGACCUGUCUAACAACAAGCUGCAAGGAGAAAUUCCGCAAAGCAUGUCAAGAUUUCCAGCGUCUGUUUUCCAGGGAAACGCUGACGUCUGUGGCGCUGUCAUCUCCAAGCAAUGCCAAGCUGCGGAGGCACCAGCAUCAGGAACGCCGGACGAUAAGUCCAAAGAAUCCCACAAGUCUGGCGCCCUCACCAAAUGGGUGAUAUUAGCCGUAGUAGUGACCGUUUUGUUGGUGACCAUACUCUUUAAGGCCAAGAAGAAGGAAGAAAAUUUCAGAGUUCUGGGGAAAGAGAAUCUGGAUGAUGUAGUUCAGGUGCGCGUGGCGAGCAUAAACAGGAGGACUGGCAGCUCCAUCCGGAGAACAGGAAGUUAUAACGAAACCGGCAGCCAAUCCUCUAGAAGAGGGGGGGCAGCCGGGGGGAAAUCUCCCAACGAUCUUGUCGUGAUUAAUGAAGAAAAAGGGGUAUUCGGGCUGCCAGAUUUGAUGAAGGCCGCGGCUGAGGUUCUUGGGAGCGGCGGUUUAGGGUCGUCCUACAAAGCCAUAAUGGCGAAUGGGAUGACAGUUGUUGUGAAGAGGAUGAGAGAUAUGAACAAGCUGAACAGGGAUGCUUUCGAGACCGAGAUCAGAAAACUUGGACGGAUCAGACACCGGAAUGUAUUGCCGCCAUUGGCGUACCAUUACCGGAAAGAAGAGAAACUUUUGGUGACUGAGUUUGUUCCAAAGGGCAGCUUAUUGUUCCUGCUACAUGGCGAUCGUGGGGUAGCUCAUUCUGAGCUGAAUUGGCCUACUCGCCUGAAAAUCAUAAAGGGCAUGGCCCGUGGGAUGGGAUUCCUGCACACGGAAUUUGCUAGCUACGACCUUCCACACGGGAACCUCAAGUCCAGCAACAUCCUUCUAUCGCCAGGCUACGAGCCACUGCUCACAGACUACGCGCUGUACUCUCUGAUCAGCAACACUCAGUCGGUGCAAGUCCUGUUCGCCUAUAAAUCUCCAGAAGCCGUUCUCUACCAGCAGCUGUCUCCAAAGAGUGACGUCUACUGUCUUGGAAUCGUCAUUCUUGAAAUCAUGACAGGGAAGUUCCCAUCUCAGUACCUAAACAACCAGAAGGGCGGAACCGAUGUGGUGCAAUGGGCGAGGCAGUCGAUCUCCGAGGGCAGAGUAGCAGAACUGAUCGAUCCAGAGAUCGCCAACGGCUCGUCCUCUUCACUCGACCAGAUGGAGAAUAUGCUGCAGAUCGGAGCCAUGUGCACGGAGAGCGAUCACGAGAGUCGGAUCGAAAUGAGGGAGGCUAUAAGGAGUAUAGAGGAGAUACAAGUUUGAGACACAAAACUUGAUUACAUUUGUCCAGGUUGGUAGAUUGAUUGAUUUGGAGAAGAAGGGAGGGUGGAGAAAGCUUGUGAGCCCUGCACAUACACAUACAUACAUAAACAUACAUACAGCAGAUGAUGAUUUAUAAAAUCAUCACAUGAUAGGGAGCAGAAGAGAGUUGUUAAAGAUGAGGAAAUAUUGUCCAUUUAAGAAAUUGUUUGUGAAUUACUGAACUUGGGAUGCUAAUGAAUGACAACUUUUUUUCCUUUUAGUGUGUGGAAGUGGUAAUUUGGCCUUUAUAGAUUAGCAAAGGGGAAACAGAAAACAAGAGGAGUCCUCAUUUUUUGUGUAGAGUUUCAAGAAACCAUAGAUAGAGAUGAACAUACAUUUUUCAGAAUAUUGUUGCUAUAUUUUGCAGCUGUGUUGAACAAAUGUAUAGUUCAUGUUUGGUUUCUUUGUCUCUCCCAAUUUAGAGCCUUAAAUGUAUA